AUGUCUGCAGAUACCGUCAGACCAUUUAGUAAACUAGCUGAGAAAUAUGGAGACAUUUUCACAGUCACUUUUCCAUACGGCAACGCUGUUAUCUUGAAUACAGCAUCCCUAGUGCGUGAAGCCAGGCUUGCCCCCGGGAAACAAGAAGAUCUUUUGGGCAAAUCACCGGAGUCUUUCUAUCCUUUCGGGGAGAUAAUGGGUCAUAAUUUGGGCCUAUCUGAUUACUCACCCGCAUAUCUUUUUGAGAGGAAAGUUUUCGUAUCAGCAAUGCAUAUAUUUGGGGCUGGGAUAGAGCAAGCCUCGGUCCGUGCUGGUCACGCUGUUGAAAUCGCGAUGAAAGAAAUCGAAAAUAAACCAGGGAGAUCUUUUUCACCUAAGAAUCUACUCGAAUCCUCCAUAGUUGUGCAACUUGUGGAAUGGCUUACAUCGAAGAAGAUAGCGCUUGAUGAUCCAAUUGUGAAGGAACUCAACGAAUUUAAUGCGAUUAUGGGCAGACAAGCAUUACUUAAUACAAUGUAUCAGUUAUUUCCGUUCCUAUGUUACUUACCAACGCAAUUUUCUCGGGAAAUAAAGCGGGCACAACAGAUUAGAGAGAAAUUUUUCCCACCAGAAUAUCGAGCCCACCAGGAGAGUUACAUUCCAGGCACCAUACGAGAUCUCACAGAUAGCUUUAUCAGUGCAUACGAAAAAGAGCUGGUCAAAGACACUGGGAAAGACAUUGGCUCGAAAGAUAGUGGUAUUCCAGGCUUGAUGCUCAAUGUUGUCGCUGUGGGAUCACAAACUAGCUCGAUAUGGCUAACUUGGUUUUUUCUCUACAAUGUCUUGUAUCCCAAUGUGCAGACCAAAAUACACGAAUGGCAGACCAAAAUACACGAGGAAUUGGACGCAGUAGUAGGACGUGAUCGUCUUCCGAACUGGAAAGACGCAGAAAGCUUGCCAUACCUUCAAGCUACUUUAUCUGAAGUGGAAAGGGCUUCAGGUAUGGUAACGCUCGCCGGGUCAAACGCGAUUCGUGACACAACCAUCGCUGGCUACCACAUACCUAAAGGAACAUUUGUCGGCCUGAAUCUUCCGAAGGUGCAUACGGAUAAACGAGAGUGGCAAGAACCUGAGAAAUUUAAACCUGAAAGAUUUCUGGAUGAGAAUGGCAAGUUCGUCGGCUGGAAUCACCUACGCGGUUUCAUGCCUUUUGGUAUUGGUCGUAGAGAUUGUCCUGGCCAAUCAUUGGCGAAGAUAAUGAUGUUUUCGUUUGCUUCAAUAUUAUUACAUCAUUACAAGAUAGAGUUGCCCGAGGGAGCAGAGAUACCAACUACUAAAGUCUCCACUCCGCAAGCAGUAGCUCAACCAAAUGAUUUUCUAGUUGUUGCAAAGCCGCGGGAACUGGGAUUAUUACAAGACUGA